AUGAAGUACCGAUUGUGUGUUUUGUUAAAUAUACUGUUCAACUUUUUGGAAAUAUCAAAAAGUCAAUAUAUAAUAGUUAACCGAAAAGCUAACAACUUAAACCAAUGUGAUCAAAAUAAUGCUCUGGUGGAGCAGUUCUUUAACAUCAUAUUCACAGAGUUCCAUCGAACUCCACCAGUUUGUGUGUGCGUGCAGAUGUGCAUAGAGAGCCCUACGUAUUGCUAUCCAAAUGGCUGUUUAAAAAAUUUAAAUAGAAGAAAAACAGAAGACACUACAACUGCUGCUCAUCCCGUUAACCGCAUACAGUACGAUGGUCACAAUCCGACGAAAUCUGUUAUGUUUCUAGUAGAUAAUGAUAAAGAUCUCAUUGAUAAUAUAUUUAAUGGACCUAAAAAAACUUCUCAUUCAGAAAAAAGAGAAAAUCCUACAUCACACGAACUAAUAUUCAGUCCAAAUCCAUUUAGAGAACUGGUGUUUAAAUACAGGAAAGUACCGAAAUUAGAAAUGAGGUAUAAUCUGCGUGAGAAAAUAAAAAAAUCAAGAUCAGACAAGAUUAAAUCAAAUAAACUAGAUAUGUCAAGGACAAGAUGGUCGAUGAACAAGCAGUUCUAUGGUGGAAAGCAAUUGUUAAAUAAAAUACGUCUUUACAAAAAAGAUGCUGAUGCCAGUCGAACAUUCUUCGCGUCAAUGUUUCCAGAAAUUGAAGCGUUAUCUACUCAACAAAAGUCUUUAGUCAAACGAGAAGACAGUAGUGGUUUUAAUGUAGACGCUUUAUAUAUUUAUAAGACACAUGCUAAUUUUUCUGUAGACAAACUCAUAGACGAUAUAAUCAUUAAUAGUUUAGAUGAUAACAACGUUAAUAUGAAAAUGAAUAAAAGAAUGCACUUUGAUGACAAAGCGAUUACAACAACAGAAACUUCUGGAGAUAUAGUUGAUGGAAAUGUUUCUGAAACUACUGUAACGGAUAAUGUUUAUGAAACUACAACAGUUGAUGAGAUUUUAAUGAGCUCAACACAACCAGAUAGAAAUAUAAUUAAUCAUAUACCACAUAUAAAUUUGACAACAAAUAAUAAAACAUAUCUAGAAGAGAUAGCAAUAAUGUCAGAGGAAAUAGAGAAAAACAAUAAUAUAACAAUUGAUAUAAUAAAUCGUUUAACUGGAGGACGCAUACUUAUAAAUAAAACCAAGAAUAAUAAUUAUGUAGAUGUUCCAAAAACUGAUUUUGAUCCAAAAACACUAAAAGAAAGUCAAAUAUUAAAAUUUACUACUGAAUCUAAUAAAUAUAAUGUAAUAAAUAUUAAUAACGUAGUCACUAAAAGAUGGUUAGCUCCAGUUUUAAAAAAUAAGUUCAAUCAGAAAAGUAGGCAAAGAAUUACACGCAAACUAAAUCAGAAAGUCAAUUAA